AUGGACGACUCUGUCACCGGGGUGCUUGCAAUUGCCUGCUUCAGGCUAUUUCUUGCAUGGGCGUGUAGAGAAUUUCUGCUCCGGAGCAGCCUCUACGCAGACCUGCAGCACCUGUCUGCCCAAACCGAGGGUGUCGUAGAGAACGAUGCUGAGUGGGUGGCGCUCCCGACAUUCUCGCCUCGACCAACUUCAGCGGGCCGAUCACCACCUACGAGCCCCAAGCCCUCUGCACCGCGAUUAUCCCUACAUUCGCGCCUUUCUCGCAUAGCCUUCUCUGCCUGCUUUGCUGAGAGCAUGACCCUUGUACUGCUCUUAGUCCUGCAGACUCUCGAUAUACUCUCUUCUCGAACGCGAUUGCUCAACUGGAUCUUGUCGCAGUUCCUCUUCAUCUUCCUACUUCUGGUUUUGAUUCCCCUUGUUAUGACCAUCGUCCUGUCAUUAGGUGCGACAUCUGGCAAAGGAAAUACAGCAAAGAGACGUGCCAUCACGAUCAGAUUCGUGCUCAAUGUCAUCCCCGUGCUACUGGUCCUCGUGGCGUUCUCGUACGUACCCCUUCCGGAUGAGUCGCUAUCCGCAGAUAUCAGGACCUCCACAUUAUCCCGUUUGAAUGUUUUGGGCACGAUCGUGCUAGGUUUACUUUCCGGUUUUGGUGCAAUUAGCAAUGCUUGGGCGUUUCUCCCAUUCAGUUCUCGUUCCCGCGCCUCAAUACCUUCAGAAGGCGACAUCAAAUCAGCGGACCUCUCGCUUACGCGCAUUCGCGAUGAUAUCAACCAACUGAGGCUACAACUUCAAGGUUCUUCUGUACCGAGCGGAGCGGAGACUUCGAAAGAUCGUGGCCAAGGAACGUGGUAUUCUCGAUUCCUCUCCAAGUUCGAAGGUGAUGACCGUCUUCAGGAGCUGAAGGGCCUGGAAGCCCUUGAACACCAAAUGAGCCUUGACCUAAACGCGCUCCGGCAGCGCCGUCAAACCGCCAUAUUCUCGGCCACCUUGAAAGGUCGUUUGUACAACCUCAGCGGAAGACUUUUCUCCAUUUACUGUAUCAUUAGAGUCAUCAGCUCCAUCGUGAAUAUUAUCUCGUCUCGCUCAACCUCCCACCAAACUUCCUACCCCGACUUAAUCACCCAAUUCCUAGCCUACUUGCUGACGCAUAUCUCAUCCGAGGUCAACUUAGCAGACGUCGCGCGCAUGUCAAGACAGAUCAGUCUUGUGUUAGUAGGAGUCAUCAUACUCAGCAGCAUCAGGCUUGUAUUACGCGGAGUGACGAGGGCUCUACAUGUGAGCAAUCGUAGCCUUGGUGCGUCGUUGAUGCUCCUCGUUCUAGCACAACUGAUGGGCAUCUACAUGCUGUCCACCAUCGUACAACUGCGCUCGACAUUCCCUCCGCCACCCGCUGACUCUAAGACCAGCGAAGAAGCCCAAAAUUUGUUCUCUUUGAUACCGAAAUAUGAAGUUUUUGGAUCGUUGUUUGAUUGGUCGUUCGUCGUCGCUGCUGGUGCGACCUUGGUCGUCCGAUGGGGUGCAGAGAAGAUGGGUGAGAUGAGUUAG